AUGGGGGACGAGCAGGUGAAGCAGUUCCUGCAGGCACAGCUGGCCGAGAACACUGCGCUGCGGGGUCGCAUAGAGGCCUCGGUCGGGGACAAGGUGUCCAAAGCCAUGCAGUUCAUACGCAAGGAGCGCGAGGGCGGCAUCGAGGAGAACAGGCGGCUGCGGGACCGCCUGCACGCGAGGGUCGACGCGGUGGAGGCGAAGGUGGAGGAGGAGUACAUGCGACGCCUGGAGCUCCUCCGCAUGCAGUUCGCGGAGACCGCCUUUCUGCGGCAGAAGGCGGCGCAGCUCGGCCUGGCCGGCGCCAGCCAGGACGCCUUCGAAGGGUACCUGACGCGCCUGUCGCGGUCGGCGGAGCACGCGGUCCUCGCCGAGGUUGUGGAAUCUUGGCGGGCUGCGUGCAAGCAGCAGCCUUCCGGGGGCGCCGCGGGCUGA